UAUUGUUUAUUAGUUCUUUCUUCUUUAUUUGUUAUUUAUUAUUGUUGUUAUAUUGAUGAACGGGAACGACUAUAAUUAUUUCGUACCGAGUAUAAUUAUUGUAGAAUUAACUAUUUUUUUUUUUUAUUAAGAAUACGAAAAUUGUCAAUGGUCAAUAAUUGCCUAUUACAUUCUAAUAGAAAUUUAACAUUUUUAAAURAGUAUUUUUUUUAUAAUAUUCUACAUUUUGGCUGAUACUGUUGAUAGUUUUCAACAUGUUUCCAAUGGAAGAAUCAGAUGAAGUAUUUGAUGCUGUAAUCCGUUAUGGUUUAUACUUAGUUGCUAUUUUUCAAUUAGUAUGCAUAACAACUGUAUUUUUAUUGACUGAUCAAUCUAAUGACUCAAAAGAUAACGGUGAUGGCAGUSAAUAUGACUCUGAUGGUAGUACAUUUGCAUCACCUAGACGUCCAUAUUCUCAUCAUAGAUCAAGAAAACAAGACAAGAAGAAAAGACGAUGAGUUCAAAUAACUUAUACUUGUAAUAUUGUUCCUUUUUAAAUUUAACUAUUUCCUAUAGUGAUCUUAUACUUAUAGGUGUUUUUUUUUAUAUACACAACCUUAAACUUUUAAAUCUCAUUAUGUAUUUUACUAUUUUACUAA